UAUAAAAAAUGUUUGCUCCAGGAUCGUGUCAUUAAACUUCAAUUAUAGCUUUGUGGAUAAAAAUGCAUCAAUUGAAUGUGAUAGGGAAUCACAGGGAAUGAGUAGAUUAGAAGAAUAAGAGAAUAAGAGUUCUUAGGAUUGAUAAUGGGGUGACCUUUGCCCCUGACGUGAUAGAGUGCCUCGCUGUCUGCUGGGACCUAAUCACAGGUCAAAGUCUGCUCUCUGGCUGACAGAGACACCAGUGGCACAGUGUGUUUUUGUCCCUCACUGUUUAACAACACCUCGUCCUGCGUGGAGCUUCCUCUGCCUGGAUUGCCACCACUUUAACACCAUGCUGCUUCGAAAUCUGGCCCUGCUCCUCCUCUGCGUGUCUGUUGCCAUGUGUGCCACUUUAGGCCACUACCAGGCUCAAGCAAAGGAGGUGGAGGAGGAGAAGACAGUGGAGGAGGAGGAGGCCCCUGUUGUAAAUCCAGCAGCUCUUAGUGAUGGUGCUGUUGCAGCUGCCUCUGUGGAUGCAGCUGGAGAAGAUGUAACUGCUGCUCCAGUGGAACAGGAGGAUGAUGCUCCUGCAGCUGAGAAGGCAGAAGAAAUACUGGCAGUGGAUCAACCAGCAGCUGACAACAAUGAAGUGGAUGUCCUCGUAGCAGAUGGUGCCGCUGCUGAAGAGCCGGGGGCAGACAGUGACGUACCUGCCGGAGACUCCAAUGCUGUGGAGACCCUCGCUGAGGAGGCCCUUGUUGAGCAGACCCUCACUGAGGAGACCUUCGCUGAAGAGGCCCUCGUUGAGGAGAGCCUCCCUGAGAAGACCCCCACUGAGGAGGCCCUUGUUAAGGAGACCCUCCCUGAGGAGACCCUCGUUGAGGAGGCCCUCGCUGAGGAAGCUGUCACCCAGAAGCUACCUUCCCCUGAGGAAGAGGGGAAUGAGAUCACACCGGUCGAGACAAAACGCUCCCUGGACACACCCUCAGCUAAUGAAGAUAAAAGCAGUUGGGGCCUCCACUCGAUUAGGAAUAGUUUCCAGACGAUGCACGGAUACUUUGAUUCCCUGGUGGAGCUGGUGGGGGGUCAAGAUGGUGUGUGCCAGUACCGCUGCAGAUAUGGAGAAACUCCUCGGCCUCGCGCCGGCUACCAGCUCCCGGAGCCCAAUGGCUGCAGCUCGUCUCUGGUGGGAUUCCAGGUGAAUGAAGCUCUCGACCUCGGGGUCCCUGUCAUGACAAAAUGCUGUGACCAGCUCGACAUGUGCUACGACACUUGCGGCACGAGCAAGAACGACUGUGAUGCUGUGUUUCGCUCGUGUCUGCUCGACAUCUGCUCUGACCUCAGGAAGAGCCUGGGCUUUGUGUCGCAGGUACAAGCCUGUGACUCCAUGGCAGACGUCCUUCACAAAACAGUGGGGACUCUGGGCUGCAGGCCUUACAUGAACAGCCAGAGGGCAGCGUGCGUCUGCGGGGACGAGGAGAGGGAUGAACUGUGAUACAGAAAACUAUAGACGACCCCUGCAUGAACACUAUCACGAGCAAAUAACCAGUCUCAUUAGCCGCAGAUUAUUCUGAGUAUUUAUAGGUUUCUUUGUCAAAGAGGAGAUAUUUCUCAUGAGUCAGAGUUUUAUAAAAAAGACAUACAUGGAAAAUGCAGAUGAACAGUUUCUUGGGUUUUAUUCAUAGAAAUUACGAACAAAUAUUAAGUGUCUGGUUGUGACUUUUAGAAUCUUAAUGAAUCACUCAUGCAUAUUACACUCUCCACUCUUUUCUUUUUCAUUUUUAGGCCAUGUUUUGGCCCCUAUGACUCCAUUACCAUAAAUUACUCCAAACUAAUUUCCUGAUGGGGAGGAUAUUGCAGUUGGAUUAAUAUGGUCUAGACAGAAAGACACAGGAUCAUUAUUAUGGCACAUGUGUUUCAGUGUUUGCUGCUAUUUGACGUUUAUUAGACUAGUUUGCUCAAACCUCAAAUCUGCAUCAGAUAAAAUGUGAUGCCUAUUACAGCUAUACUGUGUUAAUGUUAGGUGUAAGUUAUUUGUAUGUUAUUUGUUAUUUUGUAUGGAUAAAUACACGACUAAUUGCAGAUUAACUGACUUGAUUAAUUCUAGAUUAACUGUCAGAGUGAUGAAGCAGGGAUGUGCAUAAUUUCCAGGCACGGCGCUCCGACAUCUCUUUUCCACCAUGCUGUAAUGUGUGACAUGCUCCCCGGCCAUUGAUUAUACCGAGCAUAUGAGUCAAGAAAAAAAAAAGAAGCAUCUGCAGAUGUAUCACAUGUAUUUUUCCAAGUCAGUGAUGAUGUGAAAUAUAAACCAUUUUCAUAAAUCCACCAAAUCUUUAAGCCAUAAUCAAGCCUGAGAAAGUGUGACCCAGAAAAACAUCCCUCAUGCUGCAGUUGUUACAAAUGAACUGUGGCCCCUCAGAAUGAUUUCUAAUAGAAAUGCCAUUCAUUCUAAUGUCAGUAAAUUGUGCUGCCAGGCAAAGUGGAUGAGACUCACACACUCAGAUGCAUUAAAGAGAAAUUGAGUAAUCCAAAGUGAUGUGAGGGACACCGGAGGUGGAGAAGAGAGGAGUGUGUAUAUCUGCAUGUAUAUGUGUAUACGUGGGAUUUUAAAUGAGAUACUCAGCGUCUGUGUAUAUACCUACAUUUGUUUGGUGCUGUAAAUACCAAAUAAAAUUAAAUGUGAA